AUGAGGAAGAAAUGGAAGCUCAGGCUGUGCACCUCUCUGGAUCUCACAUAUUCAGCUUCAAGUGGUUGCACAACAUAUCUCCAGAUAAUCCGGCCUUUGGAGGAGACGGUGGACCCUGAAGACAUAUCACUCGAUUUGGGCAGCUUUUCCAUUUCAGAUCGCAAUGCAGGCGACGGGUUUCUUCAAGGGGACGAUGACAUGAUUGAUGCUGAAGAGUCUGAUGCGGGCCUCAUACAACACAAGGCGAGGCCGGGAUUCGGCUAUGUAGCAUACGAGAUUCACCUACACCCCACAUACAGAGUUCCGUGUCUCUGGUUCAGCCUUCACGAUCUCCCCUCAGACGAGCCUGCUUUCAACAUCGACACCGUCUUCCGCCGCCUGGUUCCUGACAGCUAUAAAGAUGGUCUCCGUCGAGGAGUAGGAGGCAUCGGAGGCAUCUCAGCAGACAUCUAG